UCAUGUUUUCUCCUGUGUUAGUUCUGUUGGUGAGUUUUCUUUGCCAUUGUGUGAUUGAAGGAAGGACUUGUCCGAAGCCACAGGAGUUACCAUUUUCUACAGUUGUUCCAUUAAAAUUGAGCUAUGAGCCAGGGGAACAAAUUUUGUAUUCUUGCAAGCCUGGUUAUGUGUCGCGAGGUGGGAUAAGAAGAUUUAUAUGCCCUCUCACAGGAAUGUGGCCCAUCAACACCCUGAAAUGUCAACCAAGAAUAUGCCCUUUUGCUGGAGUUUUAGAAAAUGGAGUUGUGCGCUAUACAACCUUUGACUACCCUAAUACUGUGAAUUUUACUUGUAAUAAAGGAUUUCAUCUCAAUGGGUCUGCUUCUGUUAAGUGCACAGAAGAAGGAAGAUGGAGUCAUUCCCUACCCAUCUGCUCUCCUAUAACUUGUCCUCCACCAUCCAUACCUAAUUUUGCCAAACUAAAACUGCAAGGGUCUUCAGCUGAAAACAUCUCCUUCUAUCAAGACACAGCAAGCUUUGACUGUUUGCCCCAUUAUGCAAUGUUUGGUAAUGACACAAUUAGAUGUACAGAAAAUGGAAAUUGGACUGAACUACCAGAAUGCAAAAAAGUAAAAUGUCCAUUUCCAACAAGACCAGAUAAUGGAUUUGUAAAUUAUCCUGCAAGUCAUGCACUUUAUUAUAAAGACAAAACCACUUAUGGCUGCCAUGAGACAUAUACCCUAGAUGGACCAGAAGAAGUAGAAUGUGGAAAAUUUGGAACCUGGUCUGCAUCACCAACAUGUAAAGCAUCUUGUAAAAUUCCUGUUAAAAAAGCUACUGUGUUAUACAAAGGAGAGAAAGUGAAUAUCCAAGACAAACUUAAGAAUGGAAUUCUGCAUGGUGAAAUUAUUAGUUUCUUCUGUAAAAAUAAAGAAAAGAAAUGCAGUUAUACUGAGGAUGCACAGUGCUUAGAUGGGAAUCUGGAAAUUCCCAGUUGCUUCAAAGAACACAGUUCUUGGGCUUUCUGGAAAACAGAUGCAUCAGACAAAGAGCCAUGCUAAUGUUGUUCACAAACUCAGAAUUCAGUAUGAAAUAUUUGUAUCUCUUAAAAUAAAAGUUGGAGAGGAAAAAAUA